AUGGAGAAAUUCCAAUUAAAAGAGAUAUUAAUCGAUUAUUCGGUUACUGCAAUUCAGAAACUAGACGAUCUUGCAAAGCAAUAUAACCUACCUGUCAGUGGAGAAAUAAUAUUCUAUGCGAUUAGUGCUCUCUUUAUCAUCUUUCUCAUUUCUCUAUUAUUUGGAGGUAAUAAGAAGGGUGGUCGUAGAGGAGGACAUGCUGGAUCAUCUUCAAAAUCAUCUUCAUCAUCUUCAUCUACUAGUGCACCUGUAAAGGCAAAGAAGGGAGAUUCUAUUGUUUUGUCUGGAUUAAGUGGAUCUGGAAAGACUACACUUUUCCUCAAGAUGACCAACAAUGACAAACUUACUACCUAUGCUUCACUUACCCCAAACAAGGGUCAAUUCAAAACAUCUAAAAAGACACUUGGAUUGAUUGAUGUUCCAGGUCACGAAAAGAUGAGAGUAUCAAUGGGACAAUAUUUAGCUUCAGCCAAUUGUAUUAUAUAUCUUGUCGAUUGUUCACAUUUCAUUGAUAAUUCUGUCGCAGAGGCUCAAACAUUAUAUGAUAUCUUAACAAAUAGUAACGUUCAUAAUAAUAGAGUACCAAUAUUGGUAUUCUGUAACAAGAGUGAUUUGGAAGCAUCUUCAAUCGAUGAGACACAAGUCAAGAACGUAUUAGAGAGUGAAUUGGAUGCUCUUAGAAAGACAAGAGGAUCUUCACUAUCAGAACACAGCGGUGAUUCAAAUGAAUCACGUGAAGUUUACAUUGGUCUCGAAGGAUCAGAAUUCCAAUUCGACCAACUACCAAAUGAAAUCACUUUUGCCAAAGGUUCAAUAGAUACAGAGAGAGAUACAGAGAGAGAUACAGAGAGAGAUAUGGAAGAUUCUGAUUUGGAUGUAUUGUUUUCAUCCAUCUUUCAGAAUCGAACCAUUAGUGUAUCGAUUGUUGUUGCUUGGCUGCAAUCAACAAAACUAUCAAAAUACUCUUUUGCAUUGGGUGAUUUUAGAGAACUAAAUAACAAGUCACCACAAUCAUUUGCAAUCUAUUUCAUUGAUACUAUAAGAUCAAGUUUUCAAUCACUCAUCAAUAAGUCUCAACAAUAUGGUCAUUCUAAUCAACAUCAUAAGAAUACUCCUACUCAACAACAACAACAACAACAAAAGAAAGAUGACUUUCCACCAUUAUCAUCAUCAUCUUCAUCAACAAAUCAAACAAGUAAACCAACAUCGACACCUUUGAUGAAUAGUGCUGGAUAUCCUAUAUUGACAAACCUACUAAACAAAGAUGUAUUAGAUACUAUCAACAUGUCGGCAGAGAUAUAUAGUGCUAUUCUUGGUAGUAGAUUAUACAACCAAUCGAUUACAAGUGAGAUUACAUUCUUGGUAAAGAUAUUAACCAUCUGUCAGUUUGAAUUGAAUCAUCAUAGUAGUUUGGUUGAUGUCUUUCAACAACAACAACAACAACAACAAAAGCAAUCGAUUAUGUUCUUUUCAUCCAUCUAUUGGGCUGUUGAGUUUUGUUUAAAGACAUUGUCAAUCAUUCAACCUCUAUUACUUGCACUUCAUCCCAAACUAUUAACGGCAUUAUCAAGUUUGAAAAUAUUACAAUCAUAUGACGAAUCAUUAUGUAAAAUGUUACAAGAGAAUGCUGACCGUGCAAUUGAAGAGUUGAAAUCAUUGAAACAACAAACAGUGAUGGCAUCCAAAUCAAUAUCAUCUCCUUUUAGACCAAUGCUAGAGAUGUCUGAUCCUCUACACAAAAGACUACGCAAACAAGAGGACAAUCAAACAAGCAGUAAUCGUGAAAAGAGUUUGGAUCUCUUUUAUGAUUUAAUGCGUCAAUUCCAAAAUAAUCCAAAACAAUCUAAUAAUCCAAUUACAAAUAAUAUCAUUCUUAGUCAUGGUAGUAAUAAUAGUGGUAGUGGUAAUACUACUACACAGCAUCAAUCAUCAGCAACGACACUUCAACAACAACAAUCCCAACAAGUAUUAUUCCAAUACAAAACCAAAGACUUUUUUGCGGCACUAAGUAAGAAUAAUCUUUGGUGGUUUUGUGAUUUAUUUAUAGAUCAAUAUCAACAAUGUAAAAAUGUAAUAACUGUACCUUCUCCAUCUCCUUCCCCUCCUCCCCCUGAACAGUCAUCUAAUCCUCAACCUCAGUCACCCUCUGUUAAUCCUACGACUGCUACAACAACAACAACAAAGGGUAAUUUAACUGCGACUGCUACUCCUACCACUACUACCACUACUACGACACCUCAGGCCACAACCAAACCAACAUCGCAAUGGGGAGCGGAUCCCGAAAAAAUGAUAUUAUUACAAAAAAGAAUGGAAGGAAAUAGUUUGGCAUCAACUUUAAAUAACAAUAAUAAUAGCUCUACCUCAACUCCGACAACGACAACAACAACAACAACGUCAACAUUGAAUAGUAACGCUCUAAACUUUACACCAAAUUUUAAAAUUGAAUUCAAAACUACAAAAAAGGCUACUCCUUCUACAAAUAGACAACAACCUAGUAAUCAUCAACAGCAACAACAACAACAAAAUGAUCAUUUAUCAUCACCAUAUAAACCACCUCAACAACAACAACAACAACAACAGCAACAACAAAAUAUUCAACCUCAACAACAAAUCAAUCAAACAUCAACGACUAUCAUUCCAAACAGUGGACAAAAUAGGUUAAUAUCAUUUUUUAAUUUAAAGGAACAAUUUUUUGUAAAUAUGAUUAUACAUCAUGAUAAUUUCCAAUUUAAUCAUCAUUUGACAGCUAGUUUAUUGGAGAAAAUAUCGAUACUUCAAACGUGUCAAUGUAGUAAUCCAAGUCACAACCAUUCAGAUUACAAUGAAAGAUUGUCCAAUCUAAAAUCACUGUAUCGACUACUAUCAUUUAUUCAUCUUCUUCCCACUGAAACCUACCACAGACCAACUGCACCACACUCUGCCAGUAUCAUUACACCCACCUUUUCAGAGAUUUCCAACCGAUCCAAUAUGAUUCCUCCUCCCAUCGAUCUCAAACAGUUGUUGUUUCAAUCGAUUCAAAAUGAAUCACUUGCCAUUACUAUUCCAUCGAUAGCAGAGUUUCUAAAGAUGGCCGACUCUGUUGUUCGUGAAGGUUCUCAUUAUGCAGAGGCUGUAAAUAUACUCAAGAAUAUCUACAAUGCUCCCAACAUUAUUCCAACGCCUCUUCAAAACUUUACCACCACUUCAUUGUUUAUCAUUCUCGAAUUGGAGCAAUUGUUCCAACAAAUCAAUCAUUCUCCACAUCAAUACAAUCAUAUUUCAUUACCAUUCCCAAGUCAUUCAUCUGCUUCACCAACUACUACUCCUGGAAGUAAUAAUCAAAAUAACAAUAGUAAUAACAAAAAUAGUAAUAAUAAUAGUACAUUAAAUACUCCACCUCAAUCACCAUAUAAACCUCCUCUUACUUUAUCUUCUUCAAAAUUACCACAACAACAACAACCAAAUACUCCAACAACAACUGAUAAACAAUCGCAUCAACAACCAACAAAUGUUAGUGAACAACAAUCACCAACACCAACUAAAAAACAAAUACCAACUUUAUCAAAUACAAUUGAUGGAAAUGCAAAGACUGGUUAUAGUUUAUUGUGGAAUGCUCAUUCAUCUUCUAUUUGGAUUGAAGAGUUGUGUAAUAGUAUAAAACAAUCACUUGUUAUUGUCCCUAGACAACAACAAAAAGAAAGAGAAAAGGAAAAGGAAAAGGAUUCAUUGGCAGUACCAGUACCACCACCAUCACCAUCAACUCCAUCAACUUCAAAUACACCAAAUGCAUCAAGUUCACCUAGCACCAACCUUAUCAAAAAGAGAGUACAACCAAUGAAAAACACAUCGAUGAUUAGCAGUGGCGAUGAAACACGAUUUGAUACACCUAUGCAAAAUCAGUUGGAAUGGUGGUUUUUUUGGAACCAUCCGUCGAUUGCAAGAAUAUCAAAUAUGCUUUCAGAGACAUUGUUACCCUUCUUUUCAGAGAUUAUCUUUAAUUUGGCAAUCCCGAUUGUCAUUAAAUUCUCAAAUCAAUAUUUGGAUGAAUAUCGAUCAAAGAUGAACAAACCAACCACUCCAAAUGGCACAGCUGCUGCCACGGUUGAAUUGGUGCUAACAAUGGCCAAUGACCCUUUAAUGGACAGUGUAAAACUCCAAGAACUACUCCAAAGCAUUCAAAGUCAACUCAAAAAAGAGUCUCAACAACGAGUUGACCAGUAUUGCAAGAUGAAUAUUAAAACAUUGGUUAUGAUGCUUGUUCCAACUGGUAUUGAUGAAUCGGUUCUCUCGGUUGCCACUUCGAUUAUCACCCGUCAACUGUCACGUCGUAUCGAAUUGUCGUGCAUGUCACAGGUGCUCCAGAAAGUACGUAUUCUGUCUAUUGAAAUCAUUGCCAAGAAACAAACCAUCUCAUUGUCCAAACCAAGCAUCCAAUUGUUGAAUCUCUCACUAAACGAAGUGAUUGCUCUAAACAGUCAACCCUUUUCACUGGCAUCCAUCACAAGUAAUCAUCUAAGCAAGUUGGAAGAGAUCUCUGAUAUUCGAACGAUCUGUGCUGAAUUGGAGAAACAAUGUGCUCACGUUGCACCACUAUUCAACAGCUCUGAUUCAUCCGAUGACUAUGCCAUCGUUUUAUCAUCUCUCUCUAUUGAAAGAUCAAAGAUAAUCAAAGAUGUUGAAUCUAUUAUUAUAAAAUCAAUUGUUUUAUUGGAUAGAGAAAAGGAAAAGGAAAAGGAAAAGGAACAAAAGGAACAACAACAAACAUUGGUAACAACAGAUGGUGACUCUUCAAAUAAUACUAUGACUCCUACGACUAUGACUCCAUCUGUCCAAGUUGUUUAUGAACCACAUAUAAAGAAUUCUUUACCAUCAUUAUUCAAGUUGGUGGUUACAAUAUUAUCAGAUUUAUUAAUUAUGGAAAACUAUGUAUUCAACAAUGAAAUGGAUCAAUUACUUCAACAACAUCUUGCUCAACCGACCACUACAUCUACUCCAUCAUCCUCUAAUUACUUGGACAGUAAUAAUACAUUUACAACAGGUGAUUCAAGUCAAAUCAUGUUACUCAAUAAUAAUAAUAACAAUAAUAUAAUCAAUGAUUUGCCAAUCAACAAUAGUCAGGCUCUGACAUUGAUAACCAACUUUAUAAAGUUACUCAAGAGAAUAGUAAAGAUUCAAUCUGAUUUUGUUGAAUUGAUUCCAAGUAGAUUGUUAUCAAUCAAUAGAAUCUUUUCAUUGGCCAUUCAAUUUAAUAAUCAUCAAAAUAUGUCCGAUUCCACCACCUACCAACAAACAACUGGUUCAACCACCAGCACUGACCAACCAACACCGACCAGUGAACCUAAAAUACUAUCAUUGUCAUGGUUACAUUGUUACAAUUGGAUCUUUAUAUUACUACUCCAAGAGGAUUUACUUAGUUGUGUAUCCUUGGAAGGAUGUUGGAAUAAUAUAUUUGAUCGUUGUUUUACUUUUAUGUAUGAUUGUAAUGAUGAUCAAGAUAAAAAACAAGAUCACGGUGGUAGUAUCCAGAAACAACAAACAUUAGUAGAUUCACAAGGAUUCUUAAAUAAUAUGGUACUUGGUAUUCAAGUAUUAUAUAGUCUAUUACAAGUAAUUUGUGGCUUUAUUAAAUUGUAUCAUUAUCAUUUCAACUAUAAUAAUCAAAAUAAUCAAAAUAAUAAUGAAAAUCAUAUUUAUGGUAGAAAUAAUUUUUCAUUAUGUUUGGAUAGUUGGAAACAAAGAUUAUAUCGUAUUAAAAGUAGACACCAACAACAACAACAUCAACAACAACAUCAACAACAACAUAACAACCACAGAUUCAUUUCUUUGGUUGAUCAAUGUAUCAAUUAUCUAAAUUCUCAAACCAAUGCUCUAUUUUCCGAUCUAGUCAGAAAACAAUAA